ACAUCCACAGCAGGCAAGGUCAUGCUCACAGACUUUUAGGACCAGCAUGGAGUAGUGACGAUGGAUAUCCUGGCAAAAGGUACUACAGUUACAGGAGAUUACUACGCUUCGCUGUUACAUAAAUCAUGGGAGGUUAUCCAAACCAAAAGGCUCGGAAUGUUAACCAGUUCUCUUCCGGUCCAUGAAGUCGUUUCUGAAGGCCAGACGUCUCCUGUGAGGCACUGAUUUCCGAAGUCCCUUCACGCGGACUUCCACGGCCUAGGAGUCCACAGCGAGGAGUCCACAGCUGCAUAAAACGAUGUUCUAGGCCCCACCUCAUAACCUGAUGACACCCACGUAGCAGACACUCCACCAUGAAGUUCUUCCUCCCUCUAGUUCUUCUGUUCUGCCAAGCUGGUUGGGUGUUUGGCAGCAAUCCUCCUCGACUAAAUGUUACAGACACAGUCGUAACAGACUUGCGUGACAUCUCCUAUUUGAGUUUGAGGUGUGAGGGAACAGAAAAACUCCACUGGAACUGGACAACUGAUCUUCCUGCAGACGAUGAUAUAGUGAAAAUUGAACAUAUCAUACAUACGGGUACUGAUUUCCCACACGUUUCAACACUUACGAUAACGCAGCCUGAUACUGUAGACACAGGAUAUUACUACUGCUUCUACAGUGGUGCCGGGAAUCUAGCUACUGAUACUACGAAGGCUGCAAAGACAUACGUUUAUGUUCAUGAUGGGCAAACCGGACUCCUACAUUCAAAUAUUUUUGACCACAUACAAGUAACAACUUCAGACAGAGUUGUUCUUGAUUGCAGAACUACAUUACCAGACAUUAAAGUCCAGCUCUUUAAAAAUGAUGAAGAGGUCACAGUCUCUGGGCAUGGGAGGAUUUCGUUUGAUCCGAGAAUUGGAUAUGUGCUAGCAAAUUUGGCAGUGCAAGAUAGCGGAAAAUAUGAGUGCAGAACGCAUUUAGGCAUGUACAUUGUUAUCGUGGAUAUCCAAAAAUCUGGAUCUGACACUGUUCCCAAGCCUGCUAUUGAGUGGGCUGCGAAUCAACAUUUUGUCGUUGGAUUUGACAUUAUUCUGCAUUGUUCUCUCAUAUGGAAAGAUCAUGUGGUGUUCAGAUGGGAACUUCCUAAUCCAGAUGCAAACUACAGCCAAAGACGGUCUGUACAAAUUCGCACGAACAGUACCUAUGAGGUCAGCACCCUCUCCGUGAAGAGUGUCACCUUGAGGGAUAGUGGGCAAUACAAGUGCAAAGUGACAUCAAAAGGUUCAAAUCCAAAUGAAGAAGCAAAGAUGAUAGUCAUUAAAGAGUCACAGACUCCGUACAUCAAUAUCUCCAGUGUGCCGGAAGUCAAGCUUGAUGAGGGCGAUACUCUGAGGUGGAAAGCUGAAGUAUAUGCAUUUCCCUCAAAUCCACAGAUAAUAUACCGUAACUGGAGAGGGAAGGAAGUCCUUGAAACAGACAGGGUUACCACUGAGCAUAACAUGGAUAAUGCCGAAUCAUGGUUGAGAAUCAAAAAUGCUUCUGUAACAGACUUUGGGCAGUAUACUAUAGAGGUUUCGUCCAAUGAUGAAACUGUAAGAGAGAGCAAGUCUGUUUUUAUUUAUAUUAAAAGCAGACCACAUGUCUCAUUCUUCGGCAUACCAACAAGUGUAGAUGUCGGUGAGAUUAUAAAUGCAUCAUGCGUCUCGAGAGGCUAUCCUUUGCCGGAAGUAGAAUGGAUGUUCCAGGAGUGUCCCAAUGGACCCCAAGACUGUACAGCAUCAUUUGAAAGACUGGUGGUAAAUAAUCCAGAGGUAUCGGAACCUGAACCUGGAAAUAUCAAGGUUGUAACUGCCUCUUUUGCUCUUGAAUCGUCUGGAAUGCUCAAAUGCGAAACCUCCAAUGAACAUGGAAGUGGGAAUGCAGUCAAUCCAAUUAGCAUUAGUGAUAUUGAUGGGAAUUUUGUCUUUAGACAUAUUGGACGAAACAAAACUACAGAGAUUAUACGUAGUCAACAGAUAGAGAUCAUCGAGAAUGAUGACUUUUACCUGGAGUGUGGAGCAGUUAAAUUUAGCUAUAAGGGAGUCAGCCUUACAAGUCCAGAUUUGUCAGUGAAGGAGAAAACCUCACAGUACACCCAGGUCAGAUAUGUAGAGGCGAGCAAAGUAACGACGAGCUUUCAAGGAAAAUAUCAGUGCAGAGCCGAGCAUCAUACGAAAGUUGACCCAGAAGUCCGAGAAGUUGCUUUCAAAGUUUACAAGGAGCAGAAGGUAACCUUUACUGAGGACGCCAACAUGAGGCCCGAAGGUGUGGAAUUGGAAAUCCAGGAAAAUGAACCUUUCACAGUGAACUGUACCGUGACAGGAAUGCCAAAACCCGUUAUGAAGUGGUACAAGGAUGGCAUCCCUCUGACACGAGAGAGCGAAUUCUUUGAUGGGACAACCUUUUUCGGCAAGAAGCAGCAGAGCAUCGAAUUUACCUACAUCUUUGAGCAGAAGCAUGUAGGGACCUAUACCUGUAAAGCAAAAAACAGGCUAGGUGAACUGGAGGGGAGUUUAACGAUCACUGUUCCAGCGCCUGGACUAAGCCUAGCAACGAAAAUUGGCCUGGCAUUUGCCUUCAUCGGAAUAUUAAUCCUGAUAGUUGUUGUAGUUGUGCUCGUAAGAAGGGUCAAGGAAGAGAGAAAGUUCCGAAAAUCCUUCAGAAAGAAUGAGUUGUACCUCUUUGAGAAAGGCAACAUUGGUCAGUUGAAUCCUGAUUGCACGGCGGACGAACAAGCUGAGUUAUUGCCCUAUAGCCCAGAGUGGGAGAUUCAGCGAGAUGACAUAACAAUGGGAAGACAGCUGGGUGCCGGCGCCUUUGGCAGAGUGAUCAAAGCCACUGUCACGGGCCUCUUUGACGACGAACCAAAGACCACCGUUGCUCUGAAGAUGUGCAAGAGUCAGUCGGAUCAGUCACAUGUCCAGGCACUUACAAGGGAACUGAAAGUCAUGAUACAUCUCGGCAAACAUUUGAAUAUUGUCAAUCUUAUGGGAGCCAAUACUGUCAACGUUGGAAAGGGUGAGCUAUGGAUCCUGGUGGAAUAUUGUCGUUAUGGCAACCUCCUGUCGUUCAUGCAUCGUCAUCGGAAGAACUUUGUCAACCAGGUAAACCCAGUGACUGGAAAGAUCGACUCGAUGAAGACAGUGCAAGAAGCAUCCACACCUCUCUCACCUUUAUCGCAAGGGACAAGGUAUGGCUACCAACCCACUCCAAUCACAGACAUGGAUGGCUACUUAGCACCAACAACAAAAUUCAACUUGGCAUCUGUUCCCCGAGGUCACCACAAUCCAUCCUCCCCCCCACAGUCCCCAACCACAGUCACAGGCUCUUCAAAUGGGAGCUCGAGGCCAGAUGGACUACCACAGCAUUAUGCGGAUAACCCCGGAUAUAGCAAAGGCUUCAUUCGCUCAGUGAGUGAGUCUCAACCUGGGGAGAUGCAGCCGGCUUUUGGCAUGACAUCAAGCAGCACCUCUGGGGGUUCUCGCAUAUCAGACGCCAGGAAUUCCAAAAGCUCACACACACCCUCUGACCAGAGAUCUGUUGGAUACUACCGAGACAACCAACAAAUUGUCAAUACAGAUAUGACAUUGCUGCACUCAUCAGCCUCCCCUAUGUCUCCUUUGUCCCACUUCCCUCUCUCUCCAACUGAUUCUAACCAUGUAAGUGAUAUUGGAGUAGAUUCACAAGGGAAUCCAUUCACCUUUGACACUGGCCUCAUUCCUGGAAUAACAGCACCAUUUACAACAAGUGAUCUAGUGUCUUGGGGCUGGCAGGUUGCACAGGGCAUGGAAUACCUCUCACGGAGAAAGGUUUUACAUGGAGAUCUUGCAGCACGUAAUCUCCUACUAGCAGACAAUAAUGUGGUCAAGAUUAGUGAUUUUGGGUUGUCACGAGAUAUGUACAAAAAAGAUAUCUACAUGAAGAAAGGAGAUGAUUUGAUGCCCAUCAAAUGGAUGUCCAUAGAAGCCAUUCGUGACCGCAUCUUCAGCGUGCAGAGUGACGUGUGGGCGUAUGGAGUCACACUGUGGGAACUGUUCACUCUUGGUUCAACUCCUUAUCCAGGUGUAGAGGUGAACAAGGACUUCUUGACUUUCCUUGAGGAUGGAAAUCGAAUGGACAGGCCAAAAUAUGCAAACCAAGAAAUAUACAACCUCCUUCUUGAGUGUUGGAGUGUGGAGCCUCUGGAUCGUCCAACCUUCAGCAUGUGUGCAGAUAAAUUAGGAAUACUCAUGUUACCUGAUCUAAAAGAGCAAUACAUGACAAUGAAUGACCCAUAUGUGCUCAUGAAUGAGGAACGCUUCCAAAAGGAGACAGAUUACCUCAACAUGCUAUCCAGUCCAGAUUUUGAGAACCUGAACCGAAAGGAUGAACCCCAACAACACUACGUCAAUAUCCCGGGAGCUGUUGAUGGCUACAGAGAAAGCAACUAUCUCAGUAUGAAGUCACCAGACACUGUAGGCUAUUCCCGAGUCGGCUUAGACCAUUCCUCUGUGUCACAGGGACUGAAUCCAUCACCCAACUCACACUACCUACCUAUGAGUUCCACCAGAGGAUCGGAUAGCCCCAUGGUAGACGUUUUUAGCCCACGUCCUGCUGAGGACUCCAGAUUCAGCUUCUGCCCUGAUGGGUCGGAAGAUCCCGCCCUCAGUGACCCACCGGAUGAGGAGGUGAAAGAAAUGCUUGCUCCCGACGCACCCAAAGACCAGAUGGUGGAAACUUCAUUACUCAUAAAUGGAGGGUCCCAGCAUGGGUCGAAAGACAGUCUUAGAGAUUCUGAAAAGGACAAAGCCUCCCUAAAAAACUUGGAAAACAAUUCUGCGAGAAACUCGUCGGACGAUCUUAAUGUGCCAUAUAUUAAUCUUGUGAGUCAUGGAUGUGACUAUGUGAACAUGUAAGGUGAUAAGACUUACUAUUACUUCAUUUUGUGAAGUGUGUGUGCGUGAGACUCUGCCUCGUGGUACAAAAUAUUACUCUCGAAUCAUUCCAGUCUAUUAUUAUUUUCCAUUGAAAUUUGGAAUUACGGAACAGAUUGGUGUAAUGCUUCAGGAAAUUGCACUUUAAUGAGAACGUUAUUUGUGUUAUAGAAAGUGUGUCAUGAGCAUAUACAGCGGUGCUUUGCUUUCCAGUGUCAAGUGAGUGUUGGUCGUAAAAGUUAUAUGAAAUAUACAGACUAUGAUUAUGAUACUUUAAACAAAUAAUGUACCUGUAAAACUUUUC